CACCCCUCCUUUUCUUCUCCUUCCCCUUUCUCCUCCCUCAUUGUUAUUUUUUCUUUUUUCUUCUCUUUCUCUUCAUUCUCUCUUCAUUCUUUCACCACUACCUUACUAUCCUCUUUCAGGUACCUACACAGACAGGAGUCAUGGCAGUUCUCUAAACUUCCCAGCAACCCGUAGCUCCCUAAUCACUCCACAAAUUACAACUUACUAGCCCACAAAACAUCCACCUCACCGAAGCUAAAAGCAAGAAAGCAGAGGGGAUUUCCUCUUCCACUGCAGGAGUGAACCGAACAACUUGGACCAAGCCCUAAGAAAUAGACGCGAGGGAUCAAAAACUACCAGUUUUCUACGCUCACACUAUUAAUAUUGGGUAUUGGAAGUUUCUGUUCGUUUCAGAAAACCACUCAUGUGAAUUGAGGAAUGACAUCAGUGAUUGUUGAAGAGAAGUCACUGAUUUGUGCCAAGAAAACGCAUGUUUUGAACAAACUAGCAAGGAAAUUUUGAAUAAGUAGCUGAAUGUACCGCAAAAAUGUAAAGGAUUUUGUGAUUACUAAAGCCAAUACCAGGUUUGUCGGAAGAAUUAAAAUCAACAUGUAGCAUUUGCUAACCUGACUUUGGCGUACUCCUGCGUGUGCUUAGGACCUGCUCAGGUUUAUUAGACCGCCGUUCUUUAACUAAAUGCAAGCCAAGAAUCCCAAACGAGUGUGUGUGAAAUUUUAUCCAGGAGGUUAUGAAUUGCGAAUAGCAGGCACAAGUACAGUUCUGUUCUCGUUCGAGCCGAAAGACAUACCUUCGAUUUUAGAGCUAAGUAGGACAAUAAAUACCAAAACAUACCCACAGCAGUUUCACCAUGAAGGCGAAACUUUAAAAGUCAGCUUUGUCAAAGAGAAAAGAAGGCAAUUUGAAUAACACUACCCACUUGCGCCCAAAUAAUACUAACUUAGACUGAUCAAAAACGUCAUGAUUUUGUGAUGGAAAAUAAUUUCCAGAACUCAAUAGUUUGGCGUAAGAAGAGACUCAGGAUUUAUGCUGAAAUACAUAGUUAGUCUGAAGGCUGUAAUGAGCAGCUACUGGUAGGUAUUUGUUUACCUUAUCUGCAGGUACGGCGUUCCUAGAGGAGUCGUCAGAAAGUGAGAGUUUAGGGGGUAGCCUCAAGAAUCUGUAGGGGCUAAAGAGGAAGAGAAAAACCUGAGCCAACUAGUCGUCAAGAAGGGAUAACGCACUUACACUAAAUAAUCUACUACUAAAAAGAGAAACAUUGUAGCGUCACACAAAUCCUAAAGACAAGGAAACUCACCUCAAAUAUUUGGACCUCGCAUUCGAAAGACUUAAAAAACAUGGCAUCACAGCCAACUUACAGAAGUGUGGAAUAGGGGUUGAAUCACCCAGCUUUCUUGGGCAUACCACUGACAGCAAAGGUAUACGCCUACUGAGAGAUAAAGUGGCGGCUAUCACAAACUAUCCAGAGCCGACCACUGUGAAACAUCUCAGCACUUUCAAUGGCCUGGCAGGUUAUUACCGAAGGUUUAUCCCCAACUGUGCCUCUGUCAUAAGACCACUAACAGACCUACUUCGAGGAACUACGAAGUUCGUGGCUCUGGACAACGUGGCUAGGCUUGCUUUUCCUAAAGUCAAGGAAGCCAUUUCGAACGCAAUCAUGCCUAUGCAUCAUGACCCCAAUGCUCCUUUGAGUAUUGCUGUUGAUGCAUCUGAUUCAGCAAUUGGAGCAGUUUUGCAACAAUCGACUGACAACCAGUGGCAACCGUUAGCCCUUUUCUCGAAGCGGCUGCAAGACAUGGAGGCAAGAUACAGUACAUUUGGUAGGGAACUCCUAGCUAUGUACUGUUCUGUACGCCACUUUCGACAUUCUGUGGAAGGUCGUGAUUUCAUUAUUUUCACAGACCACAAACCGUUAACGUUUUCCCUCAGCUCGGCGUCUGACAAAUACUCCCCUCGUGAGUCGCGACAGCUGGAUUACAUUUCCCAGUUCACGUCAGACAUCCGCCACAUUUCUGGAGCAAACAACUCCGCAGCCGACGCACUAUCACGAAUAGCUUCGAUAAAUCAUAUCGAGGGCGUUGAUCUCGUUGAACUAGCUCGGCGUCAAAAGGAAGACCUUGAGCUGCAUCAUGAGUUGUCGUCCACAACUCUCAAACUGCGACUUUGUCCGGUUGGAUCAGACAAGGAUACAAUUUUGUGCGAUGUCUCUGCUAGUCAACCACGCCCAAUAGUUCCGAAGAGUUGUCGACGCAACGUCUUCAAUACGUUGCACAAACUCUCUCAUCCAGGUGUACGAGCCACCAUUAGGCUUAUCGCACAACGUUUCUGCUGGCCUGGGAUGAACAAAGACGUUAAGGAGUGGGCUCAGUCGUGCUUAGCUUGUCAAAAGUGUAAAGUCACGCGACACACGAAAAGCCCUUUAGGCUCUUUUCUAGCCCCAGACAUGCGUUUCGACCACGUCCAUAUAGAUAUUGUAGGACCCCUACCAGAAUCUAAUGGAUGUACCUACCUUUUCACUUGUGUUGAUCGUUUCACACGAUGGCCGGAAGCAGUACCUAUUAAGGAUAUUACUGCCGAAACAGUUGCUCGUGUUUUCGUCGAAAGAUGGAUCGCGAACUUCGGAUGUCCAUCUUACGUCACAACCGACCGUGGGCGCCAAUUUGAGUGUGGAUUAUUUCACGCUCUAACGGCACUUUUAGGUUGCACUCGGUUCCGAACGACAGCCUACCAUCCACAAGCAAAUGGCAUGGUAGAGCGUUUCCAUCGACAGCUGAAAGCUUCCCUUUCAGCUGCAAACAUACCUCAGUGGACCGAGGCUCUGCCUCUAGUCCUACUAGGUAUUCGUAACGCCUUGAAAGUUGAUGCUGGAUGUACCCCCGCAGAACUCGUCUAUGGGACCACUCUUCGCCUACCAGGUGAGUUUGUUUCUCCUUCAACUUUCAAACAUGUUUCCGACAGGGCAUCUUACGUGACUAGGCUUACAAACACAAUGCGUUCAGUUAGGCCUUCUCCGGUUAGACCUCAAACGACCGAUGUCCUCGUUCAGCCCAGUUUACAAAAGACAUCACACGUGUUUGUUCGCCACGACGCUGUUCGUCGACCACUUGAAUCACCCUACGACGGGCCGUUCAAAGUGAUUAAGCGACACGAGAAAUUCCACAUGAUUGAGCGAGACGGACGUGAAGAUACUGUCAGUAUCGACCGUUUGAAACCAGCUUAUUUCGAAGGCAACCCCAUUACAAGUGACGUUUCAGCUCGCUACAGCCGACCGAUGGAUAGCUCAAUUACCGAAAUUCUUGACGAUGUCCCUGGUAAUGUGCAGUUGCAACAACCAUCAGCGCAACAGAAAACACGAUCAGGUCGAACCAUUAGGUUCCCGGAGUAUUUAAAGUCGUAUUCAACUUAGCGGUGUGAAAUAAAAUGUGCCAACCACAUUCUUUUUGCUCACAAAUUUUUUCCGAGGCACUAUUUUUCUUAUUUACCGGCAAUGCACAGCCCUCAUACACUUUGCCUUUUUAUAUCAAUUUUUAUUACAACGUAACGCAACUUUUAAAAAAAGCGGU